AUGUCCUCCAAGAAGCUCCUCGUCGCGAUCUGCCGCGACGAAGCUGCCGCCGCCGCCGGCGACGACGCCGCCGAAAGCCAGCUCGCUGCCGAGCUGGCGUUGGACGCGACGGCGCAGGUCUUCAUGUUUGACCACACCGAGGUGGACGAGGCGGACGAGGAGGUGGAGGGCGGGUCCUCGACCGGCAUGGGGGCGCGCGUCAUCACCGACCAGGCGCAGGUCGUCCUCUCGCACCGACCCCAGGCGCAGCAGACGCUGCCGGAGCAGCGGCGGGCCUUCAAGGUGUACGACUCAAACCGCUCCUGGAGGCAGUGGGCGGCGGAGACUGCAAAGGCAUGGCCUCCCUCAGGCGCUGGGCAAGGCGGCGGGCCUCCACCCGGCGAGCAGGACGUCGUCGCUCUCGUCGAUGCGCGGGAGGCGUCCUUCACGUGGAGCCUCAACCCGAACCGCGAGAAGAUCGAGACGCGCCUCCACCUGCAGCUCAUCGCCGGGCUGCGGCGGCGCGUCGACGCGGCAGAGGCGGAGGCGGAGGCGGCCAAGGCCGAGCUGCAGGCGGUGAGGGAGGGCCUGGCGGGCGGGCUGGUGCAUGAGAAGGGGCCGGACUCCGCCGAGGCGCUCGCCAAGGCGCUCGGGCUCUCCAGCCUCCACGGUGCCACCGACUGCGACUCGGUCGUCGGUGCCGAGCGGCCCGGGGCCGGCCAAGGGACCAAAUUGGACGGGACCGCGAUCGGCACACACCAUACUCCGUACGAGUCCUGGGGCCGUGCGUGGGCCUCUGGUCGCGGCGUCUGGAGCUUUGACCGUCGAACAUCGGCCGUCAACUAA